GGGAGGAGGGGCGGGGCUGCGGGAGCUGUCGCAGUGAGCGGCGGUGGCGGCGUGCGGUGCUGCGCUGCUCUGCACGGCGGAGCUCCUCGGGAGGGACGGGGCGGGAAAGUCCCCCCGAGCGGCUCGAUGCGGUUAGAUCCGUCCUGAGCGAUGGGUGGGCAGGAGAGCGGAGCUGCCCUUGUGAGCGGCGGGCUGCCCCGUGCCUCCUCCUGAUGUAACGGCGCCCGUCGGCGCUGACAGCAGCGGGGCUGCGCUCGCUGUCACUCGGAUCUGUCGGAGGGAAAUGCCGCAGCAUGAACCCACUGCCUAAAGGGACGGGAUCGCGCCUGCCCGGCACCUCUCCGUGAGCCGAGUCUGGAAGCCGCCGUCCGGCGUCCGCCCCGGGAUGCGCUGCCCGCCGCCUUCAUGCCGGGCGGGGGGACCCUGAGCCGCCGCCCCGCGAACCUCUCGGGCAGCGCCGCCGCCCCGCCUCGCAGCGCCCGCCCGCCCGCAGGACCUCCGGGCAGCGGCGGAGCCCCGCGGCUCAUCGCGCCCCGCACCCACCCACGUGCGGCCCCGUGAAGGCGUCCGCGGCGCCGCGUCUCUGAGCCCUUCGCUGCGGUGGUGGCGGCGGAGGGUCCCACCCGUCGGCCGCGAUCCGCCACCCCAUGGUGCUGCCGCGGAAGCUGCCGGGGAUGCCGGGCUGGCCGGCGGCGUUGGGGCUGCGGCUGCCGCAGAAGUUCCUUUUCCUGCUCUUCCUCUCCGGCCUGCUCACGCUGUGUUUCGGGGCCCUUUUCCUCCUGCCUGACUCUUCUCGUUUCAAACGCCUCUUCCUGCCCCGCCGGGCCACCUCUUCGUCCUCCUCAUCCUCCUCAUCAUCGUCAUCCACGCGGGACACCGAGCUGCCCCGCAGCCCGCCCGCCGCCGCCGAGCCCCGCCACGCCAGCCCCGCCGCCCCGCGUCGCCUUCGGGAGAAGCUCCGAGCCCGCAACGCCGCCCCAGCGGCACACACGGCCCCGGCAUCCCGCCCGCGGGGACCCGAUGGCGAACGCCCGGCCGAGGUCGGCACCGGGGCUCCCCGCGAGUCGAGAGCUCCGUUCCACUUCGACUACGAGCGGUUCCGUCAAAGCCUUCGGCACCCGGUGCGGGGUGAGCGGCCCGACCAGGACCCCGACACCCGAGCCCGAAAGAUGAAGAUCAAAGAGAUGAUGAAAUUCGCUUGGGAUAACUACAAGCAGUAUGCGCUGGGAAAGAAUGAGCUGCGACCUCUGACUAAGAAUGGCCACAUUGGUAACAUGUUUGGAGGUCUUCGAGGAGCUACGGUGGUAGAUGCCUUAGAUACUCUGUACAUCAUGGAACUGGAGGAGGAAUUCCAAGAAGCAAAAACAUGGGUGGAGAAGAGUUUUGACUUGAAUGUGAAUGGAGAAGCAUCCUUGUUCGAGGUGAACAUCCGCUACAUCGGAGGACUGCUGGCUGCGUACUACUUAACUGGAGAAGAGGUGUUCAAGAGUAAAGCUCUGCAACUCGGAGAGAAACUUCUGCCAGCUUUUAACACUCCCACUGGUAUCCCACGUGGCGUCAUAAAUCUGGGCAGCGGCAUGAGUUGGAGUUGGGGUUGGGCAUCUGCCGGAAGCAGCAUCUUAGCAGAAUUUGGUACCUUGCACUUAGAAUUCCUGCACCUCACCGAGCUCUCUGGCAACCCAGUGUUUGCAGAAAAGGUGCUCAACAUCCGUAAAGUCCUGAAAAGGGUGGAGAAACCACAGGGCCUUUAUCCCAACUUUCUCAGCCCGGUGACGGGGAACUGGGUGCAGCACCAUGUCUCUAUUGGAGGGCUUGGAGACAGCUUUUAUGAGUAUCUCAUCAAAUCGUGGCUGAUGUCAGACAAGAAGGACUCUGAAGCAAAAAAGAUGUAUGAUGAUGCACUGGAGGCAAUAGAAAAGCAUUUGGUCAAAAAAUCUGCGGGAGGAUUGACCUACAUCGCUGAAUGGAGGGGCGGCAUCUUGGACCACAAAAUGGGCCACCUGGCUUGCUUCUCUGGGGGCAUGAUAGCACUGGGAGCUGAGCAUGGUGGAGAAGAGAGGAAGCAACACUACAUGGAUCUCGCUGCAGAAAUUACAAACACAUGUCAUGAGUCUUACGCACGCUCAGAUACCAAACUUGGCCCUGAAGCCUUUCGUUUUGAUGCUGGGACCGAAGCCAUGGCAACCAGACUCAGCGAGCGCUACUACAUCCUGCGCCCAGAAGUGGUGGAAAGCUACGUGUACAUGUGGAGGCUGACACAUGAUGUCAAGUACAGGCAGUGGGGCUGGGAGGUCGUGAAGGCUCUGGAAAAACACUGCAGAGUAGAGGCUGGUUUUUCUGGCAUCCGAGAUGUUUACACCACGGUCCCAACCCAUGACAACAUGCAACAGAGUUUUUUCCUUGCAGAGACUCUGAAGUACCUCUAUCUUCUGUUCUGUGAAGAUGACGUGCUGUCUCUGGAUGACUGGGUGUUCAACACAGAGGCUCAUCCCCUGCCAGUCAACCACUCAAACUUUAAAGCUAAAGCAAGCGUGCAAUAGUGAGGCCAUUGCCCAGCACCCUGCUCCCACAGCAUCAGCAGGUUACUGCAUUUCCUUUCCAUUAAAGGAAUUUGUGUUGUUCCUGAAAUGGUAUUUUGGGGCACUAGUCCAAUUCCGGACAGUAUUCUAUUGGGAAGAUGAAACCAUGAAGUAAGCACCUUAUUUUCCUCUGUGAGGAGCUCUAAUAGCCUGAUAAUGAGAUGUUUAUUCUGGGCCAUACUGAACACAGUUCAUAGACAUUCCUUUCUACAGAGAAUUUAUAUGAAAUCCACUGACUUUGCUUUAUAGUGGCCAAAGGACUGGAAGUUUUCCAUAGAACAGACUUCCCCACAACACACACACGCUCCUCCUCUCAUUUUUUGUUUCAUUUUUGCCUUUUAUACACCGUUGGAAUUAUCACCUUUCUAAUUAACAGUUUUCAAUAGACUGUGCUUUCUAAGUGGUGUCAAAACUGUAACUGAAGCAAAACCUGUCAGCAAAAUUCUUUAUCCUGAUGUAUUUUUAUACUUUUUUUUUUCCCUGUGUUCUUAAAACACAUUUACCACCCAUCAUAUCUCAUUUAACUCUCCAUUAUCAUUUUUGUGCUUUUCUACUUUUAUUUAGAACUAAGUGUUACGAAUCACUUGUAAUAAUUCCACUGCUGUAAUAGUCAAAUCUGUGAAAUGGAAUAUAAGUCUUGUAAAAUAAAAAGCAUUUCUGGGUUGAUCCUACUUUAAAGCCAUAUGCCAAAGACUUGUUACAUUGCUUGUUGAGAUGGCUGACAAUGCUGGUUGGUUUCAGGAAUGUUUCUCCAGAUCUGUUGAUUUCCAGUGUUAUCUAGCCAGAAUAUGGACAGCAGUUCCCAUCUGCACCGCUCUUCAAUUGCUUGUAUGCAGUCUGCUAUCAGUUAGCAGGAGUUCUACUUGAUACCUUAUUUUCUAGCAAAAAAAUAAAUAACCCCCAGGUAAGUUGGCUUCUGGAAUGAAGUAAUAGGAGAAAAAGUGAGUAAAAAAUUGAAGCUGGAUUGUUCAGCAUGUCCCUGCUGUUCACCACAUGUGUCUUCAGUGUGAGGCUGAGCAGAAGAUGGCUGUGCAGAGUCCCUGCGAGCCCUUGCUUAGCAGUUUGGGGCUGGAUGUGGGAUGCUUGCUCCUGCCUGUCUUUCUUCUGGCCCCUGCAAAGCUGCACAGCUCCAAGUUGGAGCAUUUUCCCCCAUUUGAAGUUGCUUGGAGCAAGUUGUGGGAACAAAAGACGUGUUUUGAAAUCCAUGGUUGUGAAUUGCCCAGGAGAAAUAAGGCUAUCAGAUAUUAUCUCUGCUCCUUGGGUAACACUGUGGACUGGCAAGCUUGGCCUAGAGGAAUGGUUAUUGGUAAAUAAACGUAUUGGGAAUUAAUUGUCUUAUCUGUGGGAUUUGAUUUUUGGGAAGUCAGCUGAGCCCAGAUAAUAUUGAUAAUGGAUCGAGGGAAUUCCAUACAUUGAAACAUGUGCUCUUGGAGCCUCUCACAACAGUGUUAGGUAAAACACAACUCCCCAUAGGGUAUUUCUGGCUUCCUUUAGGAACAGAUCCUUGGUGCAGGGUUAAAACUGCUCUUCUCUUCCACAUAAGUGAGCAGGGUUGGUAUGAGUAAAGUCGCACACACUUAGGGAGGAAAGCUGCUGCUUUGUUGCAGUUCAGUGGCUGUAUUGGCAAUGAGAGUUUCCUCAGCUCAGGCCUGUUGAUGUAAAGCUUACUGAUGGCUAAGUUUGCUUACCAUGACACUCGUGUGGAGGUUGGCACCAGUCACAAAAAAAGAGGUUCUGCAGGCACCUCUGGCCGUGCUUACAGUCAGUCACUCAAGUCAGUGGAUUAAUCACAGGCAUUGCAUUAAGCGUGCCUGCCUUUAGCAGGAAUAAAGAUUGGUUCCAAGGAUCAGCUCUGUUCUAAGGCACGGCCCUGAGCCACAACUGGGAUUCUUCUGCCCUACAGCGAUGCAGGUAAUGGAAAUGUUUGCCUCGGUGCUGUUCUGAAAUGCUUCUGCUCUCUGCUCACUCCUUGGAGCGCCCUGAGCCUUGGAUGCUUGCAGGACCCUCAGUUCUGGGCUUUCAGCUCUUAUCCUGCACCCACUCCGUGUGCUUCCCUCUAGGUAGGAGUGGGAGGAUUUUUGGUGUUUGUCCACAUGGGAAACCCCUCGAUAUUCAUACUUCAAGCAGAUUAAUAGGGUGUUAUGCACGAACCAGAGAUCUCACUGUAAAUGUCUAACAGAGAUGAUAUGGGAAGAUAGGUGUCUUUGGGCUGCUUUCCUGCCUUCUGCUUUCAUGCCCCACGUUGGGUGCAUGAUUUGGCUGUGCUUUAAUGAGUGUGGUGGGGAUUGGUUAAUGGUCAGACUGCAUGAUCCUAAGGGUGUUUUCCAACCAUUGUGAUUCUGUGAUUCAGUUAUGCUGUUGAUGCAUGGUGUUUUGUACUUUAGAGUCACCUUAGCAGGAAAUGUAUCAGCCCAGGUUCUUUCCUAUUUCCUCUCUUGCAUUCAGAUUCAGGAACUGAGAUGAUUGUGUUGACUUUCAGCAUCAGAACGUGAUCCUGGUUUAUGUCUGUAGGGAAUGUCCUUUAAAUGGAGUUCUGAUAAAAGCUCCAUCACGUGCUGGAGAUGAAAACUAGUAACUGGUAGAAUAGCUGGCUGUUGCCAAUUGACUGUACAGAGGAAUAAGACAAAGCAAACCAGAAAAUAAAUGCAUAUCUGAUUGUUUCAUGUGUGAUGCAUUGAGCUCCAGCUACCAGAGCUGGCAGUUACAAAGUUCCAGCUGUUACUUCUCACUGCAUUGGGUCUGUGGCUUCAUUCUGUAUGGAGACAGGUGAUUAGAAUGGAAUCAGGAAUGCUUUCAAUAAGGAUUGUCAAUGCAUUUUGCUGUUGUCAAUGCUGUUGACUAGAGAGCCCAUGUGAGUGACUUGCUGGAAUGGAUUGAAAAUGCAAGCGAGGAAUGCAAGCACAUGGGAAUUCGGGAGGUGUUGGCUCAUACUCUUCUACUUGUGAAAUGUCUGAACCAAACUUCACACUGCAGCUUCACUGCCCAUUCCUUUUCUAGGUUGAAAUGUGUUUCCCACAUCUGCCUGUGUAGUUCUGUGUCACACUGCAUCUACCGUGAGACGCAAGCUGCAAUAAACGCAUCUCAGUAAUUCUUAUUCCCUUUGAGAGGCCCCAUGUGAAGCCAGACUUCAAUGCUCCCCGUUCCUUCCUGCUUUCCAAAGGGUUUUUUGGGCUGCAGGCUGACCAGCACUCACUGCCUCAGGGGCUGUUCUGUGUCCAGGUACUUUGUGCAUUUGUGGGCACAGCUCCGACUUCAGUGCUGCUUUCCAUUAGGUAAGGAUCGCUUUGACUUUAGAACAGGCCAAGUUUCAGGCUAUGGGAAUGAGGCCAUAAAUUUAAACGAGGACAGGGUUUCUCUCAGAUCAUGCCACUCUGGAACAUGGAGGUGCUCUGUGUGUUCUGAGUACAGAAAACCUGUUCUACUCCAAACAAGCUCAAUACAAGCUUGCCAUUUCUGCUACCAAGCUCUUUUUUCUUACUUUUGUCUGGACUCUCCCUGCUGGGAGCAGAGGAAUGCAGGACAGUAUUUCCCUGCUGGGUGAAUUUUCAUGAUGCAAAUCUUCCUCAUUAUUUCUCUAUCAGGAGGAUUUCCUUUGAAACAAGGGUGUCUGGGUGGGCCGCAGAUGUCUGAAUACUUGAAAUUCCUCCUCAGCACUGUAAUGUGUGAUCUCAAGAACCAGCAGCACACAGCCAGAAGUUGGUUUUGUUCUCCUUUGAGGAGAAUUGGUUCCCAGCAGAUGCCCUGAAUUACUUCACCUUUUGUCUUUCAUUCUUCUUCCUACCAAAUAAUUCAACUCUGUCAUUUUUUAUAUGCUUGCUGAUGAUGCUGGAAAUGGUUCAGCUAUAAAAUGAGCCUCUCUGCUUCUUAUCUACACGAUACCAUUUUGGCUCUGCCAGCCACUCCAUCAGGUCUCCUUUUCCAUCUGCAGGGUCUGUCAUUUCAUGUCACCUCUUGCUCAUUUCCCAGACACUCAGGUAUAUUUAUCCUGUUUCAGAGCUGUCUCAUCCUGUUAUAGUUUAUGCUCUAAAAGCACUUGCUAGGUUAUUUGAGGUAAACUAAAGCUCUCUACGCCUCUCUGUCCAACCUGGUGAGUCAAGGAAAGUUUAAAGCACAGCUUCUUAACUGGAGACCAACUCAAUCAGCAUCGUCUCUAUUCCAAUCCAUUAUUCAGUGCUUUGUUAAUUCCAUUCUUCCCAUUUCUUCCCCAUGGCCCCCAAGCUGUGCUCUUAGACUGAUGGGGCAAAAAACAGUGAUAGAGUUUUGUGAACACUUUUUUUCUAUAGGGAACCCUCUGCUCCCUCCCUCUGC